UCACAAUUAGCACUUGCUAGUAUUUUUCACCGUAUACUUUGAAAGAUUUUCCAAAAAUUUUACUUCAGGUUUAUAUUAAAAUUAACCACAGAAAGUUUAUUACAUGAGAGAAAAAUCUGGGAACGAAGUGAAGUUUCCUCCAACAACCAAUGCAUCGGCUUGAAUAUUUUUCUCUCCUUGAGCUCCGGAAAUGUCUUGAAUAAUACGAUAAUGGCAAGAACUGAAAGAAUUAAUUUUAAUUAUUACCUCAACAUCGGGAACUUACUUCUCAGUCUUACAUAACGUAUUAACAGUUAAGACGAGUUCAACUUGUUGCGCCUUUUUGUGACAAUCAUGAGUUAUAUAUGCAACUGGUUUAUGUCCAUCAGAAAAGGAUUCGUCACCAUCCAUGGCUCCUUCCAUUCUAAAGCUGAAGUUUCCCGGUUUUGGGUGGUAAAAUUGUGGACGAGUGAUCUGUUCCAUUCCGGGCCUGAAACACCAUGGUUUUCUAAGAAAGGAAAUCCUGGAAACGCCGUUACAUAUGCCACUGUAAUAAACAGGAUGAGAAGUAUACGCAUCGUGAGCAAAACGUGGAUGUAAAGACGAUAAGUAGAAGGGUUGAAGAAAUUAUUGGAUUCUGGUAAAACAUAGGUGCUUUCACGUUUUUUGUCAUCACUGAAGGUCAAUUGAUAUUUUUUAAUCCAAACUUGUAUCAUGUAUUAUGUAUCAAAUUUUAAGAAAAACCUAACCAUUAAAAAAUUAUAAAUAAUUGUGCGUGAACUUGGAAAAUGGAUGUUUUUCGUUCUCCACACGUUCCCAACGAAAUAUUGUCCAUAAUCCUUAUUACUUCUGUUUUGCUCAAGAAUUGAGAUAAGUAUGGAAACCCCGAUGCAUGAUGAAGAAGAAUCGGAUAGUCUCAAUACUUCACAUUUGUCGGACGUAGAGCUCGAUGAUCUUGUCACUACGAAGUUUGUUGAAGAAUUCAAAAACUUGAAAAUCGCGGACGAUAGCUUGGAAGUUGUUCGGGAUGUUGGAUCACCACUCAAUCAGGCAUUGAGUCCAAUUGAACGCCGAAAUAGUGAUGAAUUCUUAUUGGAAGAUCAUCCAAGUCUUGUCAGACCAAUCAAAGAUAUUUUUCAAAGGGAUGAAGCUAUGCUUUUAAAGAAUCGAAUUUUGGAUGCUUCUGAUGAGAUUUUGAAGACAAAUUUUAUGUGGAACAUGUUUGAAAGAUCGAAAAAAUGGAGAAACACUAGUCAUUCGUCUGAAGUUUCUCUCCUAGAUUCUCUAUUUCAAAUGGUUGAUAGACGUCCUGUGCUUCUUCAUAUUUCCUGCAGUCGCCUUACGGAAAACGACAUUUCUUGCAUGAUCAGAAAAUCUUUGUUAGAUGUUGCUGCUCAACCAAGACAGAAAACCGUAUUUCGAGUUACCAUUAAAACCGAAAUGCCACUAAAACAGUUUCUUGGACAACUGGCGAUGCUUUUAAGCACAUCGCCCACAAUUAAAUUCGAGUGUGCUCCUGUGACUGCUUUGAUGAAGAAUCUCGAUGGUUCCAUGCGAAAGUUUUAUACUGCAGAAGUUGAAAAUUUUGCUGAAGCAGAACUUGGUUUAUUGUCGAUGUCCCAUCUCUCCCCAAUGAAUGCAUCUGCUCGUUUCAAAUUCACAAUGAAUGAGAAACCAUUUGUCACAGUUAAUGUUGGAUAUCAUAGUAACAUUGACCAAUGCAGACGCCAAAAGACGAUUGUGAUUGAGCAAACGGUCGACGGAACAGUUCCUGCGAGACGUGUGACUUUUGGAUUUCCAUUAGUAUCCAGAGUUGAAGAGUAUGAACUUGAUGAAGGACUCCCAUUCAUUCCUCUUCGGAACUCUACAAAAGUAUUCGAUCUUUCGCAACAUUUUGGAAACGUGCAGGCUUUGCCAAAAGUUCUGGACUUGAAGAACAUUGUCUUCAAAUAAUUAUCAAGUAUUAAACAUCGUUUUUUGUGUAAAAUAUGAUAGAAAUGUUCUCUUUUUCGUUUCAUGAUUGGAGUUCUACUGUUUUUUUCUCAGUAUUUGAAUGAAUAAAAGUAUUUU